GGUGCAGUGGUAAACUAUGUAGGGGAGGUGCGGUACUUGAUGGAACCAGCUGCCAGUGUAGGUGCCCUGAAGGACUUAGGUACAACAGAAAACUUGAAAUAUGUGAUGAUAUGAAUGAGUGUAGAAAAAAUCCAGAUAUAUGCACCGGUGGUGUUUGUGUUAACACAAACACUUCAUUCAUAUGUUACUGCAAUGAAGGGUACAAACGAGCGGAUGACGGAUACACCUGCCAACCUGUGGAGAGAGAGGGUAUGAACGAGUGCUUCCCGUGGCAGUUUAUGUGUGCUUCUGGUCGUCAGUGUGUGGCGGAAUCGCUGGUAUGCGACGGUUUUCAGGAUUGUCACGACGGCUCUGACGAGAGUGACUGUAGGUUAUUGAAUUUUACGUUUUCUAUAAAUAGUGUUACUAAAUUUAAAAAUACAACUGCUGAUAGAGUUACAUUCCAGGAUCAUCGUAUAUAAAUAUAUAGCUGCAUGGGUUUUGUUACUUGCCUUUUUGAUUACACAAUGAAUAAAAGCUACCUUUCAAUGUGCAAGUUAUCUCGCUUUCACCACGACAGCGGUCAUCA